UUUGUUUCUUCCCCUUUGCGAUUGAAUCUCGGUGGCUUACUGCUCCUGGUUCGUUGCUGUUGAUCGGCUUGAUAUAUACAUUUUUCCCUCACUGUGUCCCUUUCUUUUUUGAGCCGGUUCAGAGAGAGGGGGGGGGGGGGCGGAAAAGAAAACAGAAGAUGCAGUGUAAACUCAGUUUCUUUUUUCCCUUUUUUAUUUUGCUUGUGUUUGGUUACCUAUUGCAGCAGGGAGUGGCGAAGCUGGAUUUGUUGUGCUGUGCUCUUCGCCGCCCCAUCAGGUUUUGGUAUUUUAAUUUUGUUCGCCCCUGCGUCCGUUUUCCUUUUUUUGAGCCGGUUCACAGAGAGAGGGAAAAAACAGAAGAUGCAGUGCAAACUGAGCUUCGUUUUUCCCCUUUUUGUUUUGUCUGUGGUUGGUUACCUAUCGCAGCAGGGAGUGGCGAAAUCCGAUUCAUUGUGCUGUGCUCUUCCCCCCCGCGUGUGCAUCUACUACACCAAAAGGGAAGCAAACGGAUAUUUCUUGCAGAUUUCUCCUAUUUGUGCCUUUUGGUUUAUUGCCAUUGUAGUUGCUCGUGUUGCUCUAUCCGCGAGGUGUGUGCCGUAGCAUCAAGUCUACUGCUUUUGGUUUGUUUCCAUUGUACCUGUUCGAAUUGCUCUAUCCGCAAGGCGUGUGCCAUAGGAUCAAGCCUGCUGAUUUUGCUAAUGGAGACGCAUCCAACCCAGCCACACGAUGAUUCCAAUGCUGCACCAUCAUCUUCACGUGGGCAACCCAUACGGUCUAAGAGCGCGCUUCACAGAAGACGAAGUGACCUUGCACAGCACGCUGCAUAUCACUGCCCCUUAAUUUUGAACCCAGCUGAAUGCCGUUGUAAACGGCGAAGAUUACUAGAUCAGCAAAGACUCGCUAUAACAGGUGAACAAUAUCAAUCUUCAACACUUUUAGCUUGCGCCUUGUCGUGUUUGCCAACACUACCUAAGCCAUGUUAUUCACAUGCGAUUUUAGGUCCAUUAAAUAACAAUGCACCAUCGUUAGAAUGUGGACGGUUCAACCAAGAUUAUAUUGAUGCGUUAAAAGGUACGUGUGUUCACCAUGUUAUGUUAGUGGUGCCCAUAAUAUGAUUAGAUCUCCAGAUAUAGCUUCAGCUUUUUCCAUUGCCCCCCCUCUGUUUCAGCUUUUGUUUGCACCUAAUGCAAAUAGAUGUUUAAUAACUUAUUACACCAUCAUGCUCAUUACCUUGCUGAUGAUUUCUUUUCGUCCUUUGUGUUUUCCUACGAUGGUGCCACCCUAUGUUACAUGAUAGUUUAUCCUCCAAUGCAAAUAUAUUACUAUAUAGCUUCUUAUCCCCAUCGCUCCUAUUUUGGUGCACCUGAUUAUGAGUGUAGAUAUUGUCAUGCUACAUUUGGCUGAGAGAGAGGGUAAAAUCUGAUACAUCGAUAAAAAAUAAUAGAAUAAUUUACAAUUCUUGCUGUAAGGGAGGCAAAAUCUGUAUACCGCCUUUUGCAGAGCGACCUGAACCCCUAAAUAGCUUGGUUUGAUUCGGUGGCGAUGCUCGCUCCAAUUUUUUUUUGAAAAAUAUACGCCAAUAUAACUGUCUAUUUGCUUUCACAUCAAUGGGAGCACACAUAGAUCGCUCUAUGAAUGAUGGCCGGGGUCCACCUGUUUUCAAAAUUAAUGGUCAAGUCCACCACCGCAUUGGAUCUCUACUACCGCAUGAUGGAAGUCCUCCUAAAUUCAUACAACUGUACAUUUAUGAUACUACCAAUGAAGUUAAAAAUAGAUUAUAUGCUUUAAAUCCAGACGAAAGGCCUGCCGAGCCUUUAGAUCCAAAGAUAAUUGAAGAUCUAAUAAAAAUGCUAGAUAAUCACAAUCCAUUUGCGAAGAAAUUCAGGGCUGCAAGAGAUAGGCUCGUAGAUUCUGCCAGCGAAGAAUUCAUUAUUAGGAUCAUAGGUGCAAAAGAAGGUGAUCCCGUUCAAUAUAACUUACCUACAACUGAUCAACUUGCUAUGCUUAUAGUAGGUGACUUUACAUUAGACACAUUCAAGCGAGACAUAGUGAUACAAACCUAUGCUGGUGAACUGCAACAGAUAUCUGCGUUACACCCUGCUUACAUGCCACUUCAGUAUCCCCUUCUCUUCCCAUAUGGUGAACGUGGUUUUCAAAUUGGAGUACCUUAUGCCGGUAUCAACCCCUCUUCCACAAGAGUGCGUGCUAAAAUAACAAUGCAAGAUUACUUUCGCUACAUGUUACACUAUAGAAAAAAUCAGCCAAAUCCAUAUCUAUGCUACGGUGCUCUAUCGAGCUAAGCUAAGGUUGAUGCUCGUGCAUGCAUAGACGAGUUAAGACUAUGGUACAUACUUAGGAACCAAGCCAACCUUAGAGUCGAAAACUUGCAAGGCAUAACUGACGCUGUUAGUCGUGGUUGUAUAGAUGGCAAUGAGAUUGGCAAGACCGUGUUACCAGCUUCACACACUGGUGGUAGACGAUAUAUGAUCCAAAAUUAUCACGAUAGUAUAGCGAUAUGCAGAGUGUAUGGCCCACCAGAUUUCUUCACAACGUUUACAUGCGAUUCAAAAAGGCCUGAAAUCUCUGAAGCAUUGAGUUUUGAGCCAGGUCAAAAACCAACGGACAGAGCCGAUAUUAUUGUCAGAGUAUACAACAUGAAACUUGAAGAACUUUUAGAAGAUAUAAAAAUAGGUGCGGUGUUUGGCGCUAUAAAUGCAGGUGUGUAGUACUAUUUACACCAUGUAUUUCCAAAUAUUCUUUGCUACCGAUUCAAAAUUGCCAUAUAUUAUUUUGUAUUCUUACUAACACGAUGAAUUUGCCCUCACACCUCCAGUGCUGCACACUGUCGAAUUUCAGAAACGUGGACUGCCCCAUGCGCACAUUAUUACAUGGGUCUCCCAUGACACGUCACAGCCAACACCAUCACUCAUUGACUCAUACAUAAGCGCACAAAUUCCAGACCCAAAGAUUGAUCCCCUAGGAUACACAUUAGUUGCUGAACACAUGACGCAUGGUCCGUGCGGUCAAAACCACCAAGAUAGUCCCUGCAUGAGAAACGGCAAAUGCUCAAAAGGAUACCCUAAGUCUUUCCAAGCUGAAACCACGGUUGAUGAAAACGGCUUUACAGUCUACAAAAGACCUGAUGAUCACCGCUACAUUCAAAAAGGAAAUGUAAAAUUGGACAACCGAUGGAUAGUACCGUAUAAUAUCUCCUUGCUAAAAAAAUUCCAAGCACAUAUCAAUGUAGAGUGGUGUAACAAAACUGUAUUUAUCAAAUAUCUAUUCAAAUAUGUGACAAAGGGUCCAGAUUGUGGUAAGGUCUACAUUGAGAGAAUAAGAAAUGGACAGGAUGCACCAUACGAUGGUGACACUCAAACCAUAAAUGAAGUUAAGGAAUACUUAGAUUGUCGCUACAUCUGCGAGCAAGAUGCAUGUUGGCGCAUAUUUGCAUUCGAUAUCCAUAAGCAUUUCCCCUCUGUUCAAAGACUACCGCUACAUUUGCCAAAUGAAAACAACAUAACAUAUAAUGCUAAUGCUAAUCUAGCUAAUGUCAUUUCACAAGAAUUCUUACGUAAAACCAUAUUGACUGAAUGGUUUGUGGCAAACCAAACAUAUCCCCAAGGAAGAGACCUAACAUACUGUGAAUUUCCCUCAAUGUGGCGAUGGGAUGAAACACUACGAAUAUGGCAUCCGAGGCAAAUCGGAACAAGCAUAGGUCGUUUAUAUUAUGUACAUCCAUCUGCUGGCGAGCGUUAUUACCUUAGAAUGUUAUUGAUGGUUGCUAAAGGCGCACAAAGCUACGAUGAUAUCAAAACAUACAAUGGUAUUAGACAUCCGACAUUUAAACAAGCAUGCAACGCACGCGGCCUCCUUGGUAAUGAUCAGGAAUGGUACAAUGCUUUUGACGAAGCAGCAACCUGGGCUACUUCUAUGCAGCUUAGACAAUUAUUUGUCACAAUGCUACUAUUUUGUGAAGUCAAUGAUGAAUACACAUUCUUUGAAAAGGUCUGGCAAGCAUUGGCAGACGAUAUUCAAUAUAGGUUUAGAGAGGCUAUCAACAACCCAAAUUAUCAAAUGCCUACAAACCAAUUGAAAGACCAUUUACUUGAUGACCUUUCAACUUUGUUCGCAAAAAAUGGGGGCAGAAUUAGAGACUACAACUUACCAGAUAAGACAUCUAGCUAUCAAACGACGUGUACCAACCGACUUAUAGAUGAAGAAUUGUCAUACGACACUGACCAAUUACUGCUUGAAUCUAACGAUUUAGUCUCAAACCUUAAUGAUGAACAACAUCAUGCCUUCAAAUCCAUAGUACACGCAGUAAUUAACAAUGCUCUUGCCUUCUUCUUUGUAUCUGGUUAUGGAGGUACUGGUAAAACCUAUUUAUGGAACGCUAUAGUAACAUACUUGCGAGCUCGUAAAAAAAUUACACUUACAGUUGCUUCCUCAGGCGUCGCAUCACUGCUAUUGCCAGGUGGUAGAACAGCUCAUUCACGCUUCAAAAUUCCUUGUGACAUAGACGAUUCUACUAUCUGUGACAUCAAGCGAGGGACUAUGCUUGCUGAACUUAUAGAGGCAGCGUCAUUAGUGAUUUGGGAUGAGGCUCUUAUGACACAUAGAACAGCAUUCAAACCACUGGAUAGAACAUUGCGUGAUUUAUU